AUGACCCAGCCGUUAGUUGUUACUAGAGAUGUGGCUGCGGGUGCCAUGGCAACAACAAUUUCGGUAUUGUCUUCAGCCGGGAGAAAUUAUGAUAUUGACUUUAUUUUAAAAGCACCCAAUGGUGCGAUUUUGAAGGAGAUACCAGACGAGGAGGACGGGUCAUACAAAACCAUGAUAAUGAGGAAAGGUGUAUAUACUUUGUGUUUUGACAAUGGAUUCAGCAAGUUUACAUCUAAACAACUGUACUUGGAACUCACAAUAGUCCAACGCGGGGAGUGGAAGAAAUACAUGGAAAUGCAGCGUGAACAGAUCAUCGCGGAAGUUAACGCAAUUGAAGGUGAAGUUGUGGCCUCGGCUAUGGAAAAUGUAACGGAGGCGAUGAUUGAUAAACUUGACUAUAUUGCCGACCAUAUGGAUUCCAUUUCUUUCCUACAAGGAACGGGAAGGAGAAGAGCAAUAAGAGAUUGGCAUCUUGCCAACAGUAAUCAUUCGUACAUACAGAAGUGGUCGAUAGCCCAAUGCAUCGUAAUCGUCUCCGCCUCGGUCUUCCAAGUGUUUCUCUUACGAAGAAUGUUCAAUAUAAAGGCAGUGACACCAACACAGAAGCCCCGUGCAUAG